UGCGCAUGCGGAAGACUAAGCAAGAUGGCGACUGUCAAGUGAGAGAAACUUUAAGAUGAAAACAUUCAGGGUCUGCUAAAAUACGACAGCAAAGACAUUAACAGUCGGUUAUUUAGAAUCACUUUGGGUGAUAGGAUUGUUUUCAUGUAAUGUGACGCGACUUCCCACUGAUCGGGAAUUGCAUGAAACCGGAAGACGUCUUUAAAACAGAGGAAACUAUUCGGAGAGGUGGUACACCUCAAACUGGAUAUACAACAUGUCCGGAUUUCUAUCAAGUUUCAAAAAAUUGUUGCGACUGGGAGGUGAGGACUACAAUAAGAAGAAAGCACCAAACAAAAACAUCAUUACUGAUGUCGAUCCUCUACAGCAAUGGGAUAUAAUAUCCGAGCUUGGCGAUGGAGCGUUCGGCAAGGUUUACAAGGCGGAACACAGGGAGGACAGCAUGUUGGCUGCUCUGAAGCAGGUGGAGAUCAAGGGAGACGAUGAUCUCGAGGACUUCUCCGUGGAAAUCAACAUUCUGUCUGAGUGCAAACACAGGAAUGUCGUUGGAUUACAUGAGGCCUACUUCUUUGAUGGAAACUUGUCUAUGUUCAUCGAGUUCUGUGGCGGAGGUGCUCUGGACAGCAUUAUGGUGGACCUAGAGAAGCCCCUGUCAGAGGACCAGAUUCGCUAUGUCCUACAUGAGAUGUGCAGCGCUCUUGAGUUCAUCCAUCAGAAAAAGAUCAUCCAUCGGGACCUGAAGGCUGGCAAUGUUCUCCUGACCAUGGAAGGGGAUGUCAAACUUGCUGACUUCGGAGUGUCGGCCAAGAACACCAAGACCAUGCAGCGCAGAGACACCUUCAUUGGGACACCCUACUGGAUGGCCCCAGAAGUGAUCCUGUGUGAAACCCUGAAAGACACACCAUAUGAUUCUAAGGCCGACAUCUGGUCUCUCGGUGUCACUGCUAUCGAAUUUGCUCAGAUCGAGCCCCCUAACCAUGAGAUGCAUCCAAUGAGGGUCCUCAUCAAGAUACAGAAGUCCGACCCACCUCGGCUAGAAAAGCCUGGCAGAUGGUCAAGAGAAUUUAAUGAUUUUGUUGGUAGAUGUCUUCAGAAAGCACCAGGUCAGAGGCCUACAGCAACAGACCUUUAUACUCACCCCUUCACAAGGAACUUCACAGACAAGAAGCCUAUUCUGGAUCUCAUCCUCGAGGCCAAGGCUGAUGUUAUUGAGACUGUCACAGACCUUUCAGAGGAGGAGGAUAUCAAGGAGAUCAAGUUAAGCUUAUCCAAAGAUGAGGGUGCUGUUGAGGACAUGUUGGAGGAGGAAUCCCAGGACAAAGCUUUGAUUAUGCAGAGGCACAUGAGUGACGACUCUCAGUCCAUCGACUUGGACAACAUCUCCAGCUGCAGCGGAGACACCGACAAGCAUGACGACAAGGAUCGGGAUAAGAGUGUCGAAAAAGAAACCACUAAAGCCAAGACACCAACUCCAGAAAGAAAACCAACACCCGAAAAACAGAAAACUCCGGAAAGACAAAAAACACCAUCACCCGUCAAAGAAAAAUCACCAUCACCUGUUAAAGAAAAAUCACCAUCACCUGUUAAGGAAAAAUCUCCAUCUCCAGUUAAGGAGAAGUCACCAGUACCAGAUCACAAACAGGUUUCUGAAGAUAAGAAAGCUCCAUCCCCCAAGAAGUCUCCCGCUCCACCCCCACCAGCUGUGGUGGAGAGCCCUGAGGAGAAGCAGGAGACUACCCCAGUCCCGGCGAUUAAAGAACCAACGCCCCCCGUGGUUCCAGCUGAGGUGCCAGUUGAAGCAGCAGCUGAAGCUGUUAAGACACAUGAGAAAGAGGAGAAUGAUCGGUCUUCAGACGAGGGCAUAGGUCCGAGUGGAGACGAGAGAUCAGAGGGCAGCCAGACGGAGAGUCCCGCUAAGACACAGGAAGUGGUUGAGAAGGAAGCUGAAGAAACCACUACUGUUACAGUCGCAUAUGACAUAGCUGAUGACAUCAUUGAUGACGUCAUCAAGUCUACUCGAGUUCAGCCAUCAGUGCCGAGUGUUGUGUUCGAUACAAUACAGGACAUGACAGAGGCCCAGAUGGAGGAGGAGCAAGCUGAAGCUGCCUCUGUAGCCACCUCCACCACCUCCGACACCACUGUGACCUCUUCCACCUCUGACACCACCAUCACCUCCGACACAAAACCUCCCACAGAGGAGAAGGAAGAACCUGCUCCUGUACCAGCACCAGCACCAGCACCAGCACCUGCACCUGCACCUGCUCCUGCACCUACUCCUGCUUCAGUUCAAGAGGUGAAGGUCAGUGUUCCCAGUAGUGACAUAAAGGUGGAUGAAAAUGGUAAAGAUGUUAUAACAAUAAACGGACAGCCUGUGCCUGAAACUGGUGCUAUUGUUAUCAAUGGACAUGCAACAGUGGUCAAAGACACUGUCGUGUCGGGCGUUGGGAAAAAUGAAGUGACAAUAGAUGAGAAGAGACAGAGUGUGAUUCCAGAGACAGAUCUAGACACCUUUGUGACAAAGAUGACGAGUGAUGACCGGUUGCCGGGUGAUGGCAGGAACAUAGGUUACUCUAACCCAGAUGAUGACAUGUCUGACAAGAGGUCAGAGACCGGCAGCGCCACCACAGAUGGAAGUCUGGAAAGGGAGGAUUCCAAGAAGGUUGACAACAACAUACAGCGCAGGAAGAAGAUACGUGAGAGAAAUGAAAGUAAGAGCCAUUAUCGAACAAUGACAAAGACAAGGACGUACAUGAAGGAUGGCAAGUUCAUCACCACGACAACGUCUAAAGUGGUGGCAGCGGGUGAAGAAAACCGUGUGAAGGAAGAGCACAACCUCAGGAAGCAGGACCUGCGUGAGCUGAAGCUGCUCCAGAAGCAGGAGAACAAGCAGUACCAGGACCUCAUGUACAAGGCCCAUGUCGCCAGAGAUGCCCAGGAGAAGAAGUUCGAGACUGACAUGCAAAAUCUGGUCAAAAACUUCGACCAGGACAUGGAAACGCUGACUAGACAGCAGAAGCAGCAAGUUGAGAAGGCCGAGUUGGCCCAGUCCAACGACAUGAAGAAUGCUGCCCGCAAGAUCAAGACAGAACAGGAGAAGGAAGUGAAGAUCUUCAAGGAGCAAAUGAAGCAGGAGCUGAAGCUGCUGAAGCAGGAGAUGGACCUCCUGCCCCGAGAUGGCAAGAAAGAAGCCAUGCGCAAGCGCAAGGAGGCCAAGGAAAUAGAACUUACAGACAAGGAGCGGUUGUUCUUGGAGAACCAGCAGGAGAGGAUGGAGAAGCAUAUGAAGCAGCUCGGAGACCAGCACAGACAGAAGAUAGCCCUCCUGGAGAGCCAGUUCCUCCAACAGAAGCAGCAACUGCUCCGAGCUCGGGAGGCUGCUAUCUGGGAGAUGGAGAAGGAGCAGCUUCACGAGAAGCACCAGCUGGCCAAGGGGCAACUGAAGGAGAUGUUCUUCCUGAAGAGGCAUCAGAUGCUCACUCGGCAUCAGAAGGAAAUCGACCAGAUGAAGCGCUACAACUCGGCGAAGGAAGAGGAGAUGAAGGAGCGCCAUGCCCUGGAGAAGCGCCGACUACCCAAGAUCCUCAAGAAUGAGGCAAAGACCAGACAACAGAUGUUUAAACAGAGUCUCAGGCUCAGCACAAUAUCUACACCUGAAGACGACAAGAUGAAGAUUAAACAGUUUGAGGAGAAUGAGAAGAAGAGAAUGAAGGCAGAACAACAAAGGCAGGAGUCGAAGCACAAGAAACAGUGGGACGACCUUGUGUUCCGUAAUGAGACCGCCCUCAAGGAGCUGGAACAGCUGCAGGCUGAGAAGAGGAAGAUGUUGAUGGAGCAGGAGACGUUGAAGAUCAAGGAGGUGGAGAAACAGUAUGACUUAGAGCUCAAAGACUGGAAAGCACAGCUUGUGCCUAGAAAACAGAAACUGGAGGAAGAGUUUUCCAGACAGCGAGAUGAACAGGAAAAGUUUUAUGGUGCAUACGUAACAGGAGAUAUAGAUGGCCACCCACCCUAUUCCCGCUCAUCGCAGGGUAGUGUUCGCAGCCGAGAGGACACAAUGCGAUCAAGACACUCCACAGUGAUAUAGUUCCGACCAUAGGGACAUUGGUCACACUUACUUACAUUCUGUGAUGGGACAAGCAUAUACUGGCAGCACAGCCACAUGGGGGGAAUCAAGGGAGGUUACUCUGCAGGGCCCUUUGUUCUGCAGAUUCUUUAGCUGAAAUAUUUCCUGGUGGAUUAGCAGAGUUGUACUUACCUUGUGAUGUGACAGUGCUGAAGUGACUAUACAGUGUGUGGAGUUGAUCUAGAUGCUGCAGCCGGGCUUCAGCUUGAUGCUGAUGGCAGGACUCCUUGCAGAUCUGAUCGAGACAUAUGGUGCUGCAAUACUGGUGCAGCUGCAUCGUUGCAUGGAGACAGUUCAGUGCACCAGACCAAGGGUCUUGAUGUUGAUCAAUAUGAUUCAAGUGCUGGACAUUGGUGCAUCCCGAGAAUGAGAACUCAAGACUUGAGUCGGAGUGAUGAAGUAUCAUCUCCUGGUGCGCGAAACACUGUUAACCCUUUCACUGCUAACAAUGAGUACUCCUAAUGUCACACUAUGUGUAUUAAGUAUUCACAUAUUGUGCACUAUAUGCUUUCUGUAUAAGACUGAAUUGUUAAAACGUAAAUCACUGUAACCUAAGAUUUAAUAUUUGGACAAACUAACUUCAUAGUCUACAUCUAUUGGCUUGUGUUAGUUGGUAGACACCUGGCUACUUUCUAUAAAUGCAUGUGAGAGAUGACACGAGAGAAGCCAUGUAGACCAGAGCCAAGGGGUAUGUACGAGUCCUGAUUUAGGGCUGGUGAUAGUGAUAAACAUGGCGGUGUGUUGCACAGUGUUCAAUCAUUGCUUCCAGAAACCAGGAGAAACAUUGUUACAAUCUGUAUAUGUUGUCAUCUCCAUGGUUACGAGGACUCGGCCAAUGUAAGGCUUGCAGAUGUCCUAUAAUGCUAUUGAAUAAAUAUACUUAACUUUUAUUAUACACCAUGAAUUAGUAUGUAUAUAAGGUAGACUUGAAGACUGUUUGUAGAACCUAUUAUUUUACUCAGAAAAAGAAAAUUAUCACCAUAUCCACUUGGUGCAGGAAUUUAUGCUGGAAAAAGUAGAAGGUCAAUGUCGCAAACAUAUUGUAAAUAUUGAAGUAAUGGUUUUGAGAGUGUGACUUUGACAAGGACUCAGUGAAGAUUCUGUUUUUGAUGUUGACCUGGAUGACAAACGUAUUGUGAGUUUCUUCUCAUAGUUGAUAAUUACAGGGUUUAAGAACAGUUUUGUGGUAUGUUGAUGGUAGAGUUUUGAACAGACAGCACACCAGAUCAGUUUUUGUCAUGAACAAAUCAACAUAUUGUGAUGAAUCAAUGUGGAAUAAUACUUUAGUUUGUUCACUUCUUUCAGUGUUGAAACACUGCGUACACAACUCUCUCACACAACUCUCCCACGGGCCGCUGUUCCUCAAAACUACUUAUAUAAUGUGACAUUCAUACAAGCACUCUCCAAAAAUGUUUAGACGCACCAGGGCUGUGGGAUCACUUUAAGAUUUUCAUGAGAACCUUUGUUAAACGAAGGGAUCAGUUUAAAGUUUUAUACAGGAUAAAUAAUUUAAUUGUGAAAUUAUUGAUGUCCUCAUAAACAUUAUUUUGUCUAUUGUGACUAAUAGAUCGAAACUGUGCGGGUUGUUUCUCGAUCUUCCAAGUUGAGUAUAUUUGCUCCAACUCAUCAUUUUCAGAGAAUAUUUUUGAUGAUUAGAGCUGUUAUUUAUCAACUUCAAUCCUGAAAAGUUUGGGGUUUUUUUACAUGGAAAACUUGCAGACCUGUUAAUCUACACCCCAAAAUUAAAAUUAUUAUCAACAUCAAACUUUGGAACUGGCCCAAAUCAUACCAGCCCAAAAUCAAGUUUACUAGAGCUAUGCUAAAGACAAGUCACAGACUCAUGCAUAUAUCCGUAAAGGAAACAGUUCAUGUUUUGGAAUAAAAUAAAUUACAAUUUAAGGAAAUAGCAUUUAGUGACAUUUUGGUUUUUGCCAUAGGUAGAGUGGUGUCCGAGAGUUUGUGUUUUUAUCAUUAGUCCAUGUGACUGUACACAGAUACAUGCAGUUAGCACAACAUUGUCCUUCAGGCUUAAAAUUACAAACAGAGCUGGUAUAUAUUGUGUAUGGUGCAAAUUAUAAACAGACCAUUGGCAGUCCACAGAAAAUGGAUCUUGGAAAUGAUUACAUUUGAGGUUUUUAAAAUUUUAGAAAUCGCCAUCUGGAAAUUAUUUCUCCAGAAGCUGGUAUGUAUGUCCCUGGUCCUAUAUCUUCUUUAAAUUACAUAUGCAGUCUUUCAGAUUUGUUUUUAAAAAUAACUUUUUCAAGCUUUUAUUUCCAAAUUUCCUCCUUGAUCAAUAUCUAUAGGUUGCAUGACAAGGUUAAACAGAAUUUGCACCAUCCACUUCAAUUAGAAACCAUUUGGGAGUUUGUGCAAUUACUUCUGCUUGUAAGGAGAGUGGCCGUUUAUGAUGUGCUGUUUGUAAUUUUACGUUCUGUCGUACCUGUACAGAUGUUAUAUGUGGAUAUAGUAUCUGAAGUGUGAUUACUUCACAAUAUUUAUGUUUCAGGGUUUUCUAAAGAGCUUGCUUUGUACAGAAAUUUGCACUGGCUUGGAAACUUUCUCUCUAUAAAACUUUUGAUUUUCAGAGGGGAGGAUGUUCUCUAAGUGCUCCUGUCUGCCUCUCCCUCUUGUUGUAUGACCUAAAUAGAAGAUUUCAAAACCUACCUGGAGUAUCAGAGGCUCGCACAAAUGGACAUUGCACCUAUGAUUCCAAUAAUUCCUCUUCAUUCACAUACCAACAAACCUUCAUUGCAGUACGAACAUUAUUAGAAGUCCAAUAUUUUUUUCAAAAACUUGUAUGUUCAGUCAUCUGCAUGAUAUGAAAAACCUCUUCUUGGGUCAUACUGAACUGGAUGAAUGCAAAGUCUGUAUUGGCAUUUAAGAGCUGUAGAAUCAAUGAAGACAGGGUUGAGUUCUGAUAUCACCUGUAGUCUUUAUGUAUGUUUCAGUACCGACACUAAUACCUUUUUACCAAGCUAGCAAGUCACAAGAGUUAACCCAUCUUUAAUAUUUCGAUCAAAAUUAGGACUACAGAGUUGUGGUGGCUUAGAUUUUACAGCUGUUUCAAGGCAUAGGAGAUGUCAGUCAAGGUGCUAUGAUUGUUUGUGCCGGAUCCCUGAUACAUUCAAGGUAUUAUUGUUUGGUUUCUGUUGAGUCUGCAGCAUCUCUUAUUUCGCUGACAUUUAGUUGCAUUAUAUUAUUUGUUUUAAAAGGAGAGAUGUGUUUAAAUGUAUCAUGAAAUUGAUGUCCUGUUCAUAAUAUUAAACCCCUCUUCCCAGGAGCCAUAUUGAAUAAGUUAAUAAGCUCAAUAUGAAAUUGGUCCAAAUUGUAUUUCAGAGUAUGUCAUAUCUCAGAAAACACUGAUUGGUUUCAUAUCUUCAUAUUACCAACAAAAUCGUUCAAGCUUGGGAUUUUGAAAAGGGUAUUAUGGUCAUUGGAACUCAUCAGAAUUCCAACUGUGUCUGUUUUCAGUGCUACGAGAUCUUACAACAGUAUGUCGGAAUACAGAACAGUGCAUAGAGAGGCUUAUUUGUGUAUUGUCACGUUCCCAUCAAAGUUUACAGUAUUUAGUAAUAGACAUUAUUACUUAGCCAUUACAGUACCAUAUCAAGUAUCACGCAUCAUUGUUACAAUGUUCCCACAUAACACAGAGUAUACUAAUGUUGAGAACAGGGAAUAUUAGAGUUAUCUUCCAGUUAAUAAUGAAUGCCAACAGGAAGAGACACUGUGCGAUACGAGGAGGCACAAUUUUAACACAUACUGGAACAUGCUAAAGAAGUGUUUUCAGUCUUGUAGGGUUCCAUUUUAUAUCCAAACAGUUGCUCAUUUGUUCAUUUUGAAAGAUUCACAUAAUCCCAUUCAGGUACUUUGCACUUCAAUUUUCUUGCCAACUAUCAGUAGGUAGUGUUUUGGAUUGGACUUAGAAAUUAGACUUUCUUGUGUUAAUUUUUGAAUUUGUGUGGGAAAUAGUAUCAGCAGUUUUCCUGUUCGUGCAAUUGGUUUUUAUUCAACCUGAGUAAAUUUCGAAGUGUUUGCAUCUGGUGAACAUGACACGAGUUAUUGAGAACUGUUUGCAUCUGGCGAACAUGACACAAGUUAUUGAUAACUGUUUCCUAAACUGUACAUUUACACAGAGGGUUAUGUAUACACAAAGAAAAUCUGUAUAAAUUACGUAGAGCUGAGCUGAUUUGUAUAAAAUGAGUCGUCCGUGGAGAGGACUUUUCCCUGGUUUUCAUACUCAAUUCUCAGCACAUCAUACUUUGUGAUAUAUGCAAACUAUGCUUGCUAUUUAUAGUUUGAAAUCUUUGUCUUUUACUGUAAAAAUGUACCUUAAGGAUUCACCUGAAUAUAAUGUAUAAUAUAUAGAAUCAAAGUAAAGUCAAUCAAAUAA